AAUGGUGUUUCCGUAAAUUAAACUAAAUGUUUUUCUUUAGAAGUUAAUUGGGUUUGUUUUAAAGUUUAUUUUCUCCGCUGCUUCUUUUAAACGUAUAUAUCUUAAGUCAUUUCUAAUUAAUAGUGAAUUUAUAACAUUAAGUUUCUUUAAACUAAACAUUUGUUGUCUAAACUUUUAAUGAACUAAAAUGUUCUUCUUUCUUUAAAGCUAAUUAAGUUUCCAUUAAAGUGCUAUCCUUAAAUGUUGUCGUUUUUGUUGUCCCUUGGUCACGAUCGCCGCGAUUGUGGUACCCCUAGUAUGGGCGGUCGUGAUAUUAAAAGAUUUUAAUUAGAGUGCAUGCAUUCUAAAUACCUUCGUUACCAAGAAUUGAUGUGAACUUUAUGUAUUUUUUCGAAAAGGCGGUUCGCACGCACGCCAAAAGUCGGAACGAGGAACUAUUUACGGAAAUCCUAAGCUUUUGAGAUGGCGAUCAUGAUCCACGCACCGCUAAGGGGAAGUUACGUCAAGAAGGGACUGCGGGCGGUGGAAAUGUAUCGUGAGUUCGAGAGGAACGAGAGGGCCCCACUGAUAUCUUAUGUUGCCGACUACUUGACACUAUGGCGGGAUGCUCAUGGCUGUGGAGUGAGGCACUAUGAAGGAAUCAAGAGGUUGAUUGACGGACUACCGGCACCUUGGAAUAGGUGGGCCGACGAGGCUUCACGGUAAUACAUUUGGCAUAAGCUCCCCGACUAUAGUGUGCAAGGAGACAUGCAUGGUUUUGUGAAGGUUCUCUUGGAAGCUCUGGUCGAUGCUCGUGAUGGACCGCCACCCUAUGCCCCUCUUAGGAAGGAGGCAUCCUCAUCGAGUUGCAGCCCCUACAGUGGGGGUCGGUACGAGAGUGAGACGCCGCAGCCAAACUUCCCCAAGAAGAGGAGACUUGGGAUGCGCACCUCUGCACCUCCCGCGAUGGAAGUUCUCGUGGUCGAUAAGCAUAUUGACGUCGCUACUUAUGUGCGGGAGAAUGACGAGGAAGAGGAGGAAGAUCCUCUUGAAGAUGAGGAAGAACCCCUUGAAGACGAGGAGGAUCCCAUGGAGGAUGAGGAAGACCCCGAAGAAGAGCCCCUUGCAAGGGAGGUUGAGGUUGAAAGUGAGAAAGGGGCGAAUUAUGAGAGAGCUCCCGAGGAGUAGUGUUCUU